AUGUUAAAGACCCCCAAUCCGACAGAAAGGACACAUUCUGUAUGGUGGUUAUGCAUGAUAGUGGUAACUUUUCUAGCGUCUAGUGCUAUGAUUAAUCCGUCCCACGCAGGUUAUGCCUGCCUGAGCAAUCCAUGUAUCUACGGUGUGUGCAUCGAUGAUCUAAACAGUACAUACUCAUGCUAUUGCAUUGAUGGAUACACCGGCGUGCACUGCCAGACGAACUGGGACGAGUGUUGGUCCAACCCGUGUCGUAAUGGCGGAACAUGCAUCGAUGGAAUCGCAUCUUACAACUGCACCUGUCCUGACGGAUUCUUAGGAUUGAAUUGUGAGGAGAAUUUUAACGAAUGUCAAUCAAAUCCUUGCCAGAAUGGUGGUUUCUGUCAAGACAGAGACAAUGCAUUUUAUUGCACCUGCGUGCAGGGUUACGAAGGAGAGUUUUGCGAGAUAGAUAUUGCCAUUUGCAAUCGGUCGGGCGAUCGCUGCCUCAACGGUGCUGCAUGCAUUGAUGGACCGGGCCUGGAAUUCACAUGUGACUGUACGGGAGGCUACGAGGGAUUUUUGUGUGAUUCAGAGAUAAAUGAAUGCGCUUCAUCCCCAUGCCAGAAUGGAGCAAUUUGUAUCGAUAAGUUUGCUUCGUACGUGUGCGCCUGUCCGAUGGGGUACAGUGGCACAAACUGCGAAGAACAAAUACUAAUCUGCGCUAGCUCACCGUGUGCCAAUCAGGCACUAUGCUUGAUGGAAAAAGAUUCGCCUACAUGCUACUGUGUGCCAGACUUCCACGGGGAACUCUGUGAGCUGCAGUACGACGAAUGCCGGAUGCUAGGUCCAGAACCACGUUGCGUAAACGGUGCAACAUGCAUAGAUGGAGUGGAUGACUAUUUUUGUAUGUGUGCGCCAAAAUUUUCGGGAGAAAAUUGCGAGUGUCUCAUAUUGGCGGAUGAAGGUGCACUUGAGGGACUAGAUUGUAACUAUACGAUGUAUGUUACAAUCGAAGAAGCAACAUUCGAAGAAUCAUUUGAAAGCACUUCACCCCAGGAUGCAACGAGUAUAGCUAUACAAGAGACGUUGCCCACUAGUGCAUCACAAAAUACCCUAGACACAUCAGACUAUGUAUCGUCCGACUACAUUACAUCAUCCGAUUUUGUUUCUAUGGAAGCAACCACUGUUUCCGUUAUGGAAACUACCAUUCCAACAUCGCAGGCCGCACCGCGAGUCUCAACUCUUGCGCCUGAAUUCAGCCUUUUUUUCACUCAAACUCCCACUACCUCAUCAACACGUAAGCUUUCGGGGGAAGAUCAAGCAUUUCCAUUAACCACACCUGUGCCAAUCAAUUCUAUUGGUGAUGAAUCUCCCGAUGUGAUGCAAAACUGCGACGAUACAGUUUGCACAAAUGGUGGUACUUGUUCCUUGACUCCCAAUGGGGUACGCUGUCUUUGUGAAUUUCGUUUCACUGGACAAUUUUGCAACAUUCCAGUAAGCAUACAAAACGCUGCCUUCUCUAAGGAAUCAUUCCUACGUCACGUAAUUUAUCGGCGAAACGAUACGGUCGAACAUGCCAUUACUAGGAGCAGCGAAUCAACAGAGCUGUUUAAACAAAUAUCGGUAAUAACAAUGCGGUUUAAAGCAAAGUUAACUUCUAGGGAAGGAUUGAUACUACUAGCCACGACAGAAGGCGAUGAAGGGAGCCACUACGUAGCGUUGUUUUUGCACAAGGGCUUGCUACAAUUUCAAUUUUCAUGUGGAUUGCAAACCAUGCUGUUGAGUGAAAUCGAAGGAACAGUCAACAAUGGAUUCGAAUUACACAUAAAAGUACAAUUGAACUUCAAUCAACACUACAGUCACUGCAAUGCAUCACUGCAUGUGAACGAUACGCUAGCCAUGAGCGGCGAGCAGCCAACAUGGCUCGGAAAAGUGUACAAAGCUCAAUAUAAGGAAAAGGCAGAUGGAACUGAUCCAAUAGCGGUGCCGUUAGCUGCAAUUAAAUACAGCUGGGUUCAUAUGGGUGGUCGCCCGUUUAAAGCAAUGCACACGCUAACGCACAACAUUUCACGCUACCACGGAUUUACCGGAUGUGUUUAUGAAUUGGAAAUCAACAACAAACCGACUGCAAUUUUUGACAAUGCCGAAGACGCAUACCUGAUUUAUGAAUGCACAUCACUUGCCUGCCUUUCCAGUCCAUGCCGUAACGGUGCGGUAUGUGUAGAAAAAGAUGAAGACAACGUUUUUUUCAGACAACAGUAUAAUCCUGAUCUAGAACCUAGCAGCUCUAACGCGAGCAGUUGGAGUUGCAAAUGCGCUUUUGGGUAUAUGGGUAAAACUUGCGACCGAUCCAUUUGCGACAAUAACCCCUGUCGAUUUGGUGGCACAUGUAUAACGUUUCCGGAAAGCGGAUAUUUGUGUCUAUGUCCGUAUGGCAAACAUGGUCAUUUCUGCGAACACGAUUUAGACAUUUUACAACCUUCGUUCUUUGGCAGCAUUAAAGGACUUGCAUCUUAUGUUGCAUAUCCAAUAGCAUUUCCGAUAGAGGAUCGUCUGGAGUUUAGCUUUAAAAUCAUUCCCACAACCUCCGCACAGAUAUCGCUACUAGCAUUCAUUGGCCAACCGUAUAAUCAUCAAGAACAGAGCGACCACUUUUCGAUUAGCUUUAUACAAGGAUUUAUUCUGGUCACAUGGAAUUUAGGUAGUGGCCCACGGAGAAUCUUCACGCAGCAACCACUCCAGGUGCAACCGACUCGUCCCACCACGAUACACGUAGGUAGAAACGGAAAAACCGCUUGGUUAUCCAUUGAAGGCAAGAUGAACAUUUCGGGUAAUUCUCCUGGAGGAAGUACGAAGCUGAAUGUAUUUCCGUACUUGUACAUCGGUGGCCAUGAAGGUGUUAACUUUUCCAGUUUACCACACGAUUUACCACUUCACUCUGGAUUUCAAGGAUGUAUCUUCGACAUUCGGUUGGUAGCUGGACCGGUACACAUUCCACUUCAGCACAUCGGUGGUAUGCGUGGCCGUAGCAUAGGUCAAUGUGGCACAAAGGAGUGUCAUCGCCAUGCUUGCCAGAAUAACGGCGCCUGUCUGCAGCAUGGAUCGACCUUUACCUGCAUAUGCCAACAGGACUGGAACGGCAUACUUUGUUCACAAAAAGCGAAUCCUUGUGACGAGAAGAGUGCAGGCGGCAAGUGCGCAAUUGGCUCCGAUUGCUUUCCACUAGUAUCGGGCGGGUACGAAUGUGAUUGCCCCUAUGGGAUGAUAGGCACACGUUGCGAAACCAAAUUAAAACAUCUGAGUGAUGUUUCAUUUUCCGGACGUCGCUCCUAUCUUGCGGUGCGAUGGCCUGCUGGCGACAAAGGAUUGGAUUGGAUAGCUUCCUAUCGUGAGAACGAAGUGCAUUACUACGAACAGAUAGUGCAACAUUCGCACAUUACUCCGCACAAUCAUUCCAUUUUGUUAAAGUCUAUCCGCGAAUUAGACAAGAUCAACGAUGUUUUAAAAGUGCUUCCCGAAACACGGAACGACACGGAAAUCUAUGAUGACGAGCAUGUGCUGCUUCCGAGGUCCGAAAGCUAUCGCCAACUCAAGAUACGGCAGCUAACCAUUGAACUACAAAUACGCCCACUGUCCGAAAAAGGUCUUAUUCUGUUCGUUCCUACGUUCGAUUCGGAUGCACGAGAGCAAGGAUUCAUAAGUAUUAGCCUCCAGGGUGGUGUGGUAGAGUAUCGCGUCUCCUCCGGCCGAUCCCAGUCAAUAGCAGUGGUGCGCAGUAAUCACGUGCUUGCCACCGGCGAAUGGCAUUCCAUACGUGUUGUCAAGUACGGUAAGCGACUAACACUGUGGGUGGAAGGGAAAAGUUCUUCAAUUGCCGGAUUCGUCCAGCGUGAGGAGUAUAUGAGUCUCACUUCUAAGCUGUAUCUUGGGGGAUUGCCAGACCUGUCCGAAGUACCCUAUGACGCUCUUACUGGUUACCCAACAUCCUUCCGUGGCUGCAUUAGAAACGUGAUCCUUAACGGAACACGCAUAACUUUGAAUGGAAGUUCGAUCGUGGCCUCGCGCAACAUAAACGAUUGCGAUGGCACGCCCUGUGGUGGCGACUUAUGUGCCAACGGAGGCAUUUGCUUGUUGGAUGAGUACUCGAAACCGCGAUGUAAGUGCUCGGAAUACUCUAAAGGAACAAACUGCGAAAUCCAAGAAUCCUGCGAAAUUACAAAAUGUCGAAAUAAUGGCCAAUGCAUGGCAAAUGGACGCUGUAGUUGCUCUGGACUCGGAUGGACGGGACAGUAUUGCGAAAUAGCCACAACGAAAUAUUCGUCUCUAGGCUUCAACGAACGCAGCUACAUUUUGAUACCAUCUCAAAAAAUCAAAAUGAAGGACAAACGCAACGAUAACGGGGGAGGUAGUUUAACUGACAAAUCGCCCAUAGAAUUGCAGCUUUCGUUUAAUAUUUCCACACUGCACGACGGUGUGCUCGUAUGGGCAACUGACACAACUGGAAGGUACCUUGGUGUGGGGAUUAGGCAUGGUUUGCUAGUCGUUGUUAGUAAUAUGCUGGAGCAAGACCGAGGAACAACCGCGAAUAACGUUACUAAUGAAAGCCAUCGGCGGGUAUUUGUGGCCGAUGGUGACUGGCACCAUAUUAUGUUGGAAACACGAUCAACUCAGCUUCGUUUGCAUGUAGAUGGCUACGUUAUAUUCGCAGGCGCGUUAGUAUCAACACUGCCAACAUUUCAUCAGACAAAACUACUGCAGGAAAUUACUUAUCUAGGUGGGUUUCCCGAACAAAACGUGUAUGAUCGAACGCAGGGACAUUUCAAAACCUUUUUCACAGGUUGUAUGAAGCAUAUUCUACUAGGAAAUCAGCUAGACGAGGAAAUUGAUUUCACUGAAUUGGACGGAGCUAACAUUAACGAAUGUGCAGUAUAAAUAUUUGAGGAGGCGGCUGUAGGUAGAUAAUUAGAAGAAACAGCAAUCCGCUCCGGCUCGCUGAAGCACUGGUAGACGGCUAAAAUUACAAAUGUAACAUUUACGCUGGCUAAUUUUUCUGCACAAUGUA